UCGUUUUGUGUUUUAUCAUCUGACGUCACAGGUCAAGGUUACUCUUGCACGAUAGCCAUGGCAGGUGCGAGCUCUCAGACUUUUUUCGAGGGUACAGAGAAACUGCUGGAGGUUUGGUUCAGCAGUGACAACGAGGGUGCAGAUCUUCGGGAUGUUAAACAAGAGGACUGGGAGAAGCUGCUCCGCAUUGUUAGAUGUGAGAUCAUUAGCAAAACCAGCGAUGAUGACAUGGACGCCUAUGUCCUGAGCGAGAGCAGUAUGUUUGUGACAAAGACCCGCUUCAUUCUGAAAACCUGUGGGCGGACCACCCUGCUGUUGGCAGUAGAGCCCCUGAUAGACUUGGUGAAGGAGCAGUGUGGAUUCACAAAAGUCCUAGAUGUUUUCUACUCAAGAAAGAAAUUUUCUAAGCCAGAACAACAGCACACGAUUCACCAGAGCUUUGACGAGGAAGUCAGUCAUCUGGAUAAACUGUUCAAAAAUGGCGCUGCAUACACCCUGGGUAGGAUAAAUAAAGACUGCUGGCACUUGUAUACUAUGGACGCUGUUGGAGUCAUGCAGCCUGAUCAGACCGUGGAACUCUUGAUGUGGGAAAUGUGUCCGGAAAAGAUGCAUAUAUUUACUAAGAAGAUGUGUAAGGAUGGACCAGCGGCCACCAAGCGAUCUGGGAUCUGUGAUAUCAUCCCUGGUGCAAAGAUAGAUGACUUUCUGUUUGACCCCUGUGGUUACUCUAUGAAUGGCCUGCUACCCGGGGGUUACUACAUCACUAUCCAUGUGACCCCAGAGCCUCACUGCUCCUAUGUCAGCUUUGAAAGCAAUGCUCCACAGGAAAACUACAUGGAAUUGAUGGAAAAAGUAUUGAACGCGUUUAAGCCCGGGAAGUUCCUGAUGACUGUGUUUGCAAACAAGGAGUCCAUUGCCAAGGAUAACUACAAGCAGCUGGAGGACAAGGACUACGUCCCGGGUUAUAUCAGGGCCGACCACCAGUACUGCACCUUCAAGAACUACAAUCUGACCUACUCCCACUUCACUCGACCUAUUAUCUAGGAAAUGGGGGCCGGGGGUUUAGAGUGUGGCUGCCAGUGUCUCCCUCCCUGUAGACCCCCGACUGCCUUGUUUGAGGCCAUUUGCUUUUCUACUAUUCAGCUCUAUUUAGCUUUUCUCUGUGUGGUGUAUAUUGUGUUUCUGUGGAAUUCUCAUCAGACUACCGUGAAAUUCAGACUUAGAUUUUCUUUUUCUUCUCUGAAACCUAGAUAAGUAGCCCAUAUAUCCAAUAUUAUAGCUGUUUGUGGUUGUAACUCAGUAGGAAAUUAUUUCAAAUUUUAUUUCAGAAUGUGAAUUAUGUACAUGAGAGAAAAGACUGUUAUGAUUUUUUUCAUUGUUUGUGAUGAAAUUUACAUUUUUGUGCCAUGUUUCCUGUACCUGUAUAAUGUUUUUCCUGAUUUUUUUUAUUAAGUGUCUCAUUACAAUUCAAGGAGAUGUUGGUUUCAAAAAAAGUUUGUGUCUUCUAAGAAGAUGAAGUGAUAUGAACAGUUAGAUAUUAUGUGGAAAAAAAUUUAUAUAUUCAAAAAGUGUUAUUGAAAAAGUUAGAUUUUUUGUAAUAACAUAAAUUGAUUCUAGAUCAAA